AUGCUUUCUUCUGUAACUUCGAAUCAUGAAACUCUAACAUUUCCUACAGACGUCGAAGGAUUUGGUUAUAGAUUUGAUGAAAAUGGCGAAUUAAGACACAUUAAAACAAACGAAAGAUUUGAAUUCGAAGUUACUCCUGGAAAUCAAUAUUAUAAUCAAUGUCAUUAUGAAGCUUUAGGAGAAAUAAUUGGUGAAUACAUUGAAGAAGAAUUGGUAAAAAAAUAUCAAUUUAAGAAACAAAUAAUCCCAAUUGAAGCAAUUGAAGAUGAAACUAUUCCAAAAAGUAGAAUUUACUUGAGUGAAAAUGUUGCAGAUUGUCAGAUUUUAUUAUUCUUGAUUCAAGGUGGCGGAGUCGUAAGAUCUGGUCAAUGGUCACGAAAAGUUAUCAUAAAUGAUUCACUUCAACUUGGCUCAAUGUUUCCAUACAUUGAAAGGGCAAAACAAUUAAAUUGGGGAAUUAUAAUUUUUAAUCCAAACGAACAUUUCGGAAGUUAUAAAGACGGUGAUGAAAGAAAAUUUGGUAAAAUACCUGGGUCUGAAAGUCACCAGAGUCAUUGUAUAUAUGUUUGGGAAAAUAUUGUGAGAAAUAUGACUGCAAAACAUAUUUUAAUAGUAGGACAUAGUUAUGGUGGAAUAAGUGUCAAUGCAAUGUUAGAUGAUUGCAAAGAUUUUAAAGGUCGUGUGUGUGCAAUUGCUUUAACUGAUAGUGUACAUAGCUAUGGUAUGAUACCAGGUUCUUCUAAAAAAUGGUUUAAAAACCACACAAUCAAUUGGAUAAAAUCGUCAUCGCCAACUAAUGAGCCUGUCAAUAAUAAUGCGAAUCAAGUAUUUGGCUGUGAAUGUCGUUCAGCUGAACAAAAAAAUAAUUCAAUUGAUGAUAAUAAAAUGGAAGUUGAAGUAAAAGUUUCAAUUGAUGAUGACAAUAACAAAGUUGAUUACAAUAAAAUAGAACAUACAAAUAUUGAAGAUGGAGAUAUUGAUGAUGUCGACAAUAAUGUCAAUGUUGAAAACGAUAAAAAGAUUGAUGAUGUAGACAAGAAUGUUAUUGUUGAAAACAGUAAAAAGAUUGAUGAUGUAGACAAGAAUGUUAUUGUUGAAAACAGUAAAAAGAUUGAUGAUGUUGACAAGAAUGUUGUUGCUGAAAAGAUUGAAGAUGAUGAUUCUAGAAAAAUUAAAUUUCAAAACUAA